AUGGAUCACAAGUGUGAUCCGGAAGACAUACCGGAUAAUACCAAAGAAUGGAAUAAUUAUUGGAAGAUUCCAGAACAACGGAAUGAGUGUAACGAUCAAGGAAGAAACAAAAUGACCAAUGGUCAAGCAAUGAUCACUAAAUGUGACAAUGAAUGCGAUCAAAAUAAAUCAAAAAAUUUCGAUAGCAAAAAGAAAGGAUUAAAAUUUGAAAUUAAUACAAAUACUGGAAAUGCAAUUAUUGAAAAGCAAGAAGAAUGCAACGAUGGCAAACAAUUUGAAAGUAUUAAAUGGAACAAAAAUUUGCAAAUCCCGGGAUUACUGAUAAAUAUCUCGAGAAAAUGCACACUGUCAUUAUCAUCAUUCCAGAUAUUAUCAGAUACUUUUCAACAGUAUUACAAGCAAUGUUGUGAUGCAUUUCAUAUUUGUCACAAUGAUUUGACAAUUGAAACAAUCGAGCAAUGUGGUGCGCUAACAUAUGCAUUUAUUAAAUUACUAUUUCAUAUUGGCUAUAAUCCUGAACGAAUAAUCGUUUCCGGAAUUGAUACACUAAUAAUGUUAGCUGCUAAAAAUGCAAUCAAACUUGAUGAUGCAUGUUUUGCAUGGAAAAUGAUCAAUUCACUGAUAACAACGAUCAACGAUGGUGAUAAACUGAUAAUUGCUAAACAAAUUAAUGCAAUCCUAUCAAAAAUUGAUAUUAAUUUUCAAAAUGCAAUUUCGCUAAUUAACAUUGAGCAGCUAAUCAUAUCAAAUAUGGAAACACUGAUAACAACAAUUCUUACAAAUGAAAUGCAAAAUGAGCAAUUUUUAAAUGAUCAAUUAAAAUCAUUUAUGAUAAUUGGAUCAACAAAUAAUAAUUGCUUAAUGAUGAAACAUAUUGAAAAUUUCGAUGAUUUUAUAACAUUUAUUAAACAUCAAAAUAAUUUCAAACUUUUUAAUGCAUUACAAAAAAUUUUAAUUGAAAAGACAAAUUUAUCAGUUAAUGAAAAAAUUUUCAAUGUUAAAAUAAAUUUGAAGGAUAAAAAAUAUUUAUUUGCUCAUUUGAUACAUAAUUGUAAUAUUUUAUCAGCUGCUACACUACUUAUCACUAUUUUUAACUCAUUUUUAAAUGAGCGUUACAUUUUUAAAAAUGUAACAUUCUUAUUUCCUGUUAUUUUUACAUCUGAAAAUGAUUUUAUUCAUUUUAAAAUUCAAUUUUCUGCUAAUAUUUGCACUAUUACAUAUGAAAAUCAUCAAUGUGUUACAUUUCAAUUUGUUAGAAAUUGUCAAAUUGUCAAAUAUUUUGACAAAAGUAAUAAUUGGAUUUCUGCUAGCAUUGAUAAACGAUUAGCUAUUGCAUCAGAAUUAAAUGCUAAAUUAAUAACUGAAAAAGAAUUUUAUACUGAAAUGGAAAAGUAUUACUAUCAGUAUUAUGCGGAAUUUCGCUCGGUGAAAAAUUUAUUAAUUAAUGGAAAUUAUGGUACGGUUGAACUUACGCCAAGUGAACAUUUUGAUGUGUUAAUCGAUGGAGCUAUGCAAGCAAUUGUUUUUAUUUACAUUCAACAAUUUGGUGUAAAAUCCGCUGGUACCACAUUGGUACCAUUUCAUAUAGAACAAAUGAUUAUCACUGAUAAUAUUAGCGAAGAGGAAGAAAUUUCGAUUGGAAGAAGAAGAAGAGAAAGACGAAGCAAUAAUUCUAAUGCUAAUAUAUUAGCAUUUGUUAAAGUUAAAUUAAAAAAUGGACAAAUUCAGGGUUCAUUUCAAUUUAUCACUGAUAAAAUUACUGUUAUAGCAAAUGCUAUCAAUUUUUCUCCAUUAAAAACAAAUCAUAUAUUAAAAUCAUUAAAAAAUGAUCAAAAUUUUUCAUCAACAUUUAACAAAACAAACAAACAUUCAUCAUAUCAAAUGAAAUUAAAAAAAUUAAAAAUGAAAAAAUUUGAACAAUUAGAAAAAAUAUUAGCAAAUGAUCAGAGAAUUGUAUGUAUUAAAUCAAUUGCAUGUCGUUUACCAAAAAAUAUCACUGAUCCAGCAGAAUUUUGGAAUGCACUUAAAAUUGGUAAUUUAAUGGCAGAUAAAAUACCAUAUAAUCGUAUUAAUGAUAGAGAUAAUUUAGCAGAUGGACAACAAUAUGGUAUACCAAUACGUUGUGGUCAUUUCUUAUCAAAUAAUAUUAGCCAUUUUGAUGCAAAAUUUUUUGGUAUUUCACGAAGUGAAGCAGAAAAAAUUGAUCCACAACAACGUUUACUUUUAGAAUGUAUUUAUGAAUGUAUGGAAAAUGCUGGAAUAAUUCAUUUAAAUGAUGCAGGUUUUUUUAUUGGUUUUAUGUCAAAUGAAUAUGCAAAUAUUAUCAAAUGUGAUGAUGCUAUAUCAAUGCUUGGUUCAAGUGCAAGUAUUGUUAGUGGACGAUUGAAUUAUUUGUUUGGUAGUAAUGCACCAGCAAUUACAAUUGAUACUGCAUGCAGUUCAAGUUUAGUUGCAUUGCAAAUAGCAAUUGAUGCAUUAAAAAAUAAACAAUGCAAAAUUGCUAUUGUUGCAGGUGUUAAUUUAAUUUUAACUGAACAAAGUAUUGGUCAACGAGCUAAUGGUCAUUUAUUAGCUGAUGAUGGCUUAUGUCGUAGCUUUGAUGCAUUAUCAAAUGGUUAUGGUAGAGCAGAUGGUUGUGUAGCACUUCUUUUAACAUUAAAUAAUAUCACUACUACUACUACUGAUAAUAUUACUACUACUACUGCUGAUAAUAUUACUACUACUAGUAAUACUACUGAUAAUGAAAGAAUUGAUGAUUGUAUGAUAAGAAUAAUUUCAACAGCAAUUGGUCAUAAUGGAAAAAGUAUUUCACUAACAGCACCAAAUGGUUUUGCACAAGAAAAAUUAUUGCAAAAUUGUUUGAGUGAAAUUUCUGAAAAGCAAUUGAUUGAUUAUUGGGAAGCACAUGGUACUGGUACAAUAAUUGGUGAUGCAAUUGAAUUAAAAGCAUUGCAAGCUAAUUUACAGCAUCAAUGCUUAAUAAGCACGGCUAAAACACAUUUUGGACAUUCAGAAGCUGCUGCUGGUGCUACUGGUUUAGCUAAAAUUUUAUUGCAAUUUAAAAAUGAUUAUAUUCCGGUGCAUGGAUCAUAUCAAUUUUUACAAAAUUUACAAAAUGGAAAUUUAUAUUUGCCUAUUAUUGGUGAAGAAUGGAUGUGUAAUAAUGCAUUAGCUGGAAUAAGUUCAUUUGGUAUUGGUGGAACAAAUGCUAUGGCAAUAAUACAAUGUAAAAAAUUAUUUAAUAAACAAUUAAAAAUGAAAUUAAAUUUAACAACAAAAAUGCAAACAUAUCUUUGUCCAUUAUCAGCAAAAUGUAUGGAAUCAUUAAAUAUGCUAAUGAUAUGCUAUCAAACAAUGCUUGAAAAUAGCAAUCAAAUAAUUGCUAAUAUUUGUUCAACAGCAUCACUUCAUCGAAAUCAUAUGCAUUAUCGUGGUAUUAUUAUCAUACAUAAAAGAAAAAUUAUUAAAAAAUUGAUGAUGAAAAAUGAUAAAGAAGGAAAAGAAGGAGAAGCAAUGAUAGGAUUGAAAUUAUCAAAUUAUUCAUACAUAUAUCUAUUUUCUUGGUUUCAUUCAAAUUUUCAAAAAUUUAGAAUGAAUUAUAAAUUUUAUCUUCCAUUAAUGAAAAAUUUUGCUGUGCAACAAAUUUUGGCAAAAUUAUCACAAACUUAUUGUGAUGUUAUUUUAGCUGGUCUAUUAAGUUUAAUUACUUUUCUAAAUGAUAUUGGCAUUAAAUUAAAUGCUAUUUAUGCUACUGAUAAUUUAUCAUUGCUAGCAGCACAGUUAAUUACAGAUAUUAUUAGAGAUCAGAAAAAUUUUGAAUAUGAAUUAAUGGAAAUGAUUGGAAGAUCAUAUUUACAUGGAAAUUGUAUUAAUUGGAAAUAUCUCUAUUCAACAUCUUCUUAUCAAAUUACACUUCCAAAUUAUCAAUUUAAACGUGAAUCAUAUUGGAUUACAAAAAAUUCACCAACAAUUGAUCAUUGGUUAAUUGGACGAUUGAUGAAAGAAGACAACAAUGAAUGCAUUUUUAUUAAUCAAAUUAGCAAAAUGACAAAUGCAAAAUUAUUGAUGGCGUUUAAAUACAAUGGACAAAUGCGCUUUUCAUUUGGUAUUUGCUGUGAUGCAAUCAUACAAGCAUUACAGCUAACAUUUUUCACAAAAAAUAUUAGCAAACAAUCGCAAUUUUACUUUCAUAAUUUUACAAUGAACAAAUAUUUGUUGAAGGAAAAUGAUUGGAUGAAGACAACAAUUAAAAAAUAUUCAAAUAUCAAAUAUCACAUCAAAUUAACAUGUGAAACAAAUGUUAUUUGUGAAGCAAAUAUUAUUCUUAAUGUUCAUGAAACUAAAAUGAAACGAUUAAAUAUUAAUAAAAUUAAAAAUGGUUUUAUUAGCAAACCAAAUUUUUAUGAAAUUCUCAAUAAUAAAGGAAUAAUUUAUAAUGGAAUUUAUCAAACAAUUAUUCGUACUUCUGCUGCAACUUCCUCUAAUGAAAUAAUAUUUGUAGCAAAAUGUUGCUAUCAAAUUUUUCAUAUAUUAGAAGCAAUAAUACAAAUUGUAUGCUAUUGUGAUAUUUUAAAUCCAAAUGAUAUUUAUGGUGAUAAGAAAUUUAUCAUUAAAAAUUUAAAUUUUCAUCAAGCAUUUUUAACCGAAUCAACAGUGUAUUUAGCAAUUACAAAUCGUAAAAUUAUCGUUUAUAGUGGAAAUGAUCAAACGAUAAUGAUAAGUGUAAAUUUGGAUGAUGAUAAUGAUGAUAACAGUGAUAAUAAAUGUAAUGAAAAAAUUGAUAAGAUGAAAAAGUGUAGAAAAGAGAAAAUUGAUAAGAAAAAAAAAUCAGAUCAAUUUAUCAGCACUUCAUUUGUUACUUAUCAAGAAUGCAUUGAUAAAGUACGACAUGCAGUUGAAGAUAUUCGUAAAGAUAAUUGUCCAAUUAACAAUAAGCAAUUAUCAGUAUCAUUUAUUGAACUUGGUCUUGAUUCAUUAUCAAUUACUGAUCUUGCUAAUCGUUUAAAUACAAUUUAUUUUCCUAAUUUACAAUUUAGUGCUGUUGAUCUUUUCAAUUAUUCCAAUAUUAAACUGUUAACGGAUGCAAUUUAUAAGCAUAAAAUAUCAUCAAAAAUUACUGAUAACAAAGAUGAUAAAAAGAUAAGUGAAAUAAUGAUGAAACAUUCUGGCACUAUCACUACAUUGGAUGAAUUCUCGACUGCUAGAGAAUCUCGACUGGACGAUAAGCAUACAUUAUCAUCAAUGCUAGAUGAUAAUGAUAAUUAUGCAUAUACACAAAUAUUCUUUAAGAAGCAGUCAAGAAAUGAUUGUAUGAAUGUUAUCAUUACUGAUAAGGAAUUUUUAUUGAAACAAAAAUUAGAUAAUCAAUUGAUAAUUAUUGUAAAUGAUAAAAUGCAAAAAUAUCAAAGCAUUGAUGAUGAUAAUGCCAAAAUAUUGCAUUUUAAUAGAAGAAAUUCUGUGAAUUUCAAGCAUUAUUUGCUAUCAUAUUUGAAUGAUCAUAAAAAAAUUUUGAUCAAAUUUGCAUUAAGCAAUAAUUUUUCAUUAAAAUAUCUUAUUGAUGUAUUACUUCAAUUAACACAAAUAAUAAACAAUCAAUCAAAUCAAAUUUUUAUAUUUUCUAGCAAAUUUAAUUCUGGAUAUGCUAAUGCAUUUGCAUUAGGAUUUGCUAAAAGUUUAUGCGCUGAAUUAUAUCCAAAAGUGCAAUAUGAAUGGAAUUUUAUUUUGCAAAAAAUUUCAAAUUUUAAAAAUUAUACAAAAAAACAAUUAUCAAAAUUAUCAGUGAUAAAAAAUGAUACAUUGUUAAAAGAAAGAUGGCUUAUAACUGGUGGUCUUGGUGGUAUUGGUUGGCAAAUGGCUAAAUAUAUCGGUUACAAUCGUCGAAAUAUUUCACAUCUAUUUUUGCUUGGUAGAAAAGAGCCAAAUGAAAUGCAAAAUGAUGAAAUGAAAAAAAUGCGUGAACGUACGAGCGUUGACGUACGAGCAUUUUCGGUUGAUUUAACAUGCAAAAUGCAAGUGCAAGAAUUUUUUGAAAAAUUACCAGUAACAUUAACAAGUAUUAUUCAUAGUGCUGGUUGCAUUCAUGAUAAAUUAGCAGCCAAACAAACACAUUCAACUUUUCGGCUUGUAAUUGAUGCAAAAUGUAAUGGUUUAUUAAUAUUGGAUAAAUUAUGUCGUUCACAUCCAAUUAAACAUUUUAUUAUUAAUUCAUCAAUUUCUGCAUUAAUUGGUAAUCGUGGCCAAUGUAACUAUUCGGCAGCUAAUGCUUUUAUUGAUGAAAUUAUGCUUAAACGUCGAGCAAAACAACUUCCAGCAACAAUAAUUAAUUGGGGUAAUUGGUUAGAAACCGGAAUGGCUAUUAAGGCUAAUAAAAUUUUAAAUGAAAUUGGUUUCAUUGGUUUGAAGACGCAAAAAGCAUUAGCUUAUUUACAAAUUGCUAUUGAUUAUGCACCGGAAAGAAUGAUUAUUGCACAAAUUGAUGUCCGGAAAAUUUUACACUAUCGUCCUGAUUUAGCUACUGUAUUACUCAAUACUGCAAAUGAUAAUAAUGUACAAAUAAUUGGAACGAAUAAUCCGGAACCGAAGUUAAACCGAAGUGAUCAAUUGGACAAAAAUCAAUCAAUAACUGAUAAUUUGGUGCAAUGGAAUAAAAAUACGGCAACAGUAAAUAAAACAGGAAUUAAUGAGGAAAAAAACAUUGAUUAUCUCAAAUUAGAAGUGAUCAAAAUAUUGGAGGAAUUAAUUGGUGAUAUGAUAACAAUCGAAAAUUAUCAGCAAACUUUUAUGGAUCUUGGUCUUGAUUCAUUCAAAAUUUAUCAAUUUGUAAGUAAGUUAACGGAAAAAAUUGAAAUAAAACCAACUUUAAAUGUAUUAGCAAUAUUUGAGCAUCCAACAAUCAAUCAAUUAUUACAUUAUAUUGCAUCAUUAUACUAUCGUAUUAAAGAAUAUUCUGACGAUGAAAUUACUGAGCGCAUUGAGCGCAAUUGUCAUUCAAAUUUGAUGGAUUAUUCAGAAAAUAUAGAACAUUCUGACGAUGAAAUUACUGAGCGCAUUGAGCGCAAUUGUCAUGCAAAUUCGAUGGAUUAUUCAGAAAAUAUAGAACAUUCUGACGAUGAAAUUACUGAACGCAUUGAGCGCAAUUGUCAUGCAAAUUUGAUGGAUUAUUCAGAAAAUAUAGAACAUUCUGACGAUGAAAUUACUGAGCGCAUUAAGCGCAAUUGUCAUGCAAAUUCGAUGGAUUAUUCAGAAAAUAUAGAACAUUCUGACGAUGAAAUUACUGAGCGCACUGAGCGCAAUUGUCAUGCAAAUUUGAUGGAUUAUUCAGAAAAUAUAGAACAUUCUGACGAUGAAAUUACUGAACGCAUUGAGCGCAAUUGUCAUGCAAAUUCGAUGCAUUAUUCAGAAAAUAUAGAACAUUCUGACGAUGAAAUUACUGAACGCAUUGAGCGCAAUUGUCAUGCAAAUUCGAUGGAUUAUUCAGAAAAUAUAGAACAUUCUGACGAUGAAAUUACUGAGCGCAUUGAGCGCAAUUGUCAUUCAAAUUUGAUGGAUUAUUCAGAAAAUAUAGAACAUUCUGACGAUGAAAUUACUGAACGCAUUGAGCGCAAUUGUCAUGCAAAUUCGAUGGAUUAUUCAGCAAAUAUAGCUAAAAGUUUUAAAUUUUUUGCACUUCAUUCAACAACUAACAAAAAAUUAGUCAACGAACAAAUUCGCUUUUAUAAUUUGCACAAACAAUUAAAUCGAUCAACAAUGAUUACAUGUAACAAUAAACAAUGGAACAAUAAUUAUUUGCAUAUUAUUUGGGGUUUCAAAUAUAAACUGUUACAAGAAGAAAUUAUUAUUGCAAAUAAUAUUGAGCAUUCUCGAAAAGCAAUUAUAUGCUUUAUGAUUAGUGGACAAGGAAGUCAAAUAUGGAAUAUGGGUAAACAAUUAAGUUCUAUUUUUCCAUUUUUUCGACAAAAAUUUGAUGAAACAUUAAAUAUUGCAAAUAAAUAUAUGGCUAAAAAAAGUGUCAAUAUUCGAGAUGUAAUUUAUCAUUGGCAUUAUCGAGAGUUAUUGUAUAAAACAAAUUAUGCACAACCAAUAAUUUAUUGUUUUGCAUAUUCGCUUGCAAAAUUUUAUGAAUAUUGCGGUGUAAAUGCGACAUAUUUUGUUGGACAUAGUAUUGGUGAAAUUGUUGCAUAUACAUUAGCUAAUCAAAUAACACUUAUUGAUGCAUUAAAAUUAGUCAUACGACGUGGUGAAAUUCUUGAAUUUACCCGAGGAAUGGGUAAAAUGAUUGCUGUUAAUGAUAAAGAAAAUGGUGCAAAAUUACAACAGUAUAGUGGAAUGCAUUAUGCAGCUAUUAAUAGUGAUAAGCAAAUAAUCUUAUCAGGUGAUAAUCAAUCAGCUAAAUUAUGCAUACAUUAUGCACAAUUACAUCAUUAUUCAUUUACAAUAAUUGAUGAUUGCUAUCCAUUUCAUAGCUCAAUAAUUGAUAGCACAUUAUUAGAGCAAUAUAAAAUGGAAUGUAAACAAAUAAAAUUGAAAAAACAAACAAAACAAAAUGUUAUUUGCUAUUCCACUGGUGAAUUAAUCAAUGCUACUAAUUUCACUGAUAAUCAAAUAAUUGCAUCAAUUAAUUCAACUGUAUAUUUUAAAAAAUGCAUUGAAACAUUACGUAGAAAUAAAACGAAUAUAUGGCUUGAAAUUGGUAAUGGUGAAAUUUUAACAACAUUUGUACGAAGUAUGAUUAAUUCUAAAUCAGAUAAUUUAAUAUUAUCAUCAAUUAACAAUAAUAUGUAUGAAAUGGACUCAUUUAUUCAUUCAUUAUGUCAACUUCAAAAUUUUGGUGUUAAAAUUAAAUGGGAACAAAUUUGCAAUGAAAUUAACACUGAUAAUAAUUCCACUGAUAAUAAUUCCACUGAUAAACAAAUGCUGAUGAAAAAAUUGUUGAACAAAAAAAAUAUGAAAUUAUUUGAGGAGCAUCGUCUUCAUGGUACUAUAAUAUUACCUGCUGCAUUUAUUAUUGUUUUAUUUGUUGAAUAUACAACAAAUUUAUUGGAUGCAAAAAUUGAUGCAAUGAAAAGAAAGAAAAAUGAUAAAUUAUCAAAUGAAAGAAAAAUGAUUAUUUUUGAAGCAUUACGAUUGGAAAAACGAAUUACUAUUGCUAAUCUAAGCAAAAUUAAUGUGAAAUUUAUCAAAACAAAAUUAUUGCUAACAGAUAGCAGUGAUAAUAAUUAUUGCAAUUGUCGAUUAGGUAAUGAAAAGCGUAAAAUAAUUGUUGAAAAAAUGAAACAAAUUAAUGCAUUAAAAAAUUUAAAAAUUAAAUGUAAACAAUUCAAAAUGAAAAUGCACAAUUUAUCGUAUCAAUUAUUUUAUGAAAUAAUGCGAAAAAAUGGCUUACAAUAUGGACCAAAUUUUCAAAUAUUACGUGAAAUAUAUCGUAAAGAUUGUUAUAUUAGUGCAUUAUUGAUAAAUGAUAAUGAUCUGAUAAGACUUAUUGAUGGUUCACUUCAAUUACUUUCUGCUGCACUUCUCAAUACGAACAAAUUAUCAGUUUAUAUUCCAUUUGCAAUUGAUGAUAUUAUCAUCAAUUAUAAUGCAAUAUGUACAAAAAGCAAUUAUUUUCAUGCUUUUGGAAUUAUCACAAAACGUACUGAUAAUAUUAUCAAAGGAUCAGUUAUUGUUUAUGAUAAUGAUAGUGAAAUUAUUAUUUUACAUAAUGUUACAGCAAUUGAUAUUAGUGCUAAUAAGUCUAUCAUAUCAACAAAACAUUGCAAUCAUUCACAAUCACAAUAUUCUGCUAACAAAGAAAUGAACCAUUUUGCUAGCAGUGAUAAGGGUGAUAACACUACGAGUGAUAACGAAAAUACUCCAAUUAAUACUGUUAGUAAAUUAACAGAUGAAAUUAUCACAGAUAAAAAAUUAUCUAUUCAAGAUGAAAUAUUAGAAAUUGAAAUUAUUAGCUAUAUUGGUCAAUUUCCUAAUUCUGCAACUGAUUGUGCAUCAUUAUGGAAUAAUUUAAAAGCAGGAAUUAAUUCUCAUUCAACUGAUAAUAUUCAAAAAUUUCAAACUGAUAUAACAAUGUUUGAACCAUCAAAAUUUGGUAUUACACCUAAAGAAGCAAUUUACAUUGAUCCUCAACAACGUAUUCUAUUAGAGAUGACACAAAAAUUAAUUGAAAAAAUAGGUUUGAAAGAAUUAACAAGUGAAACAGGUGUUUUUAUUGGUGUUAGCUCAAAUGAUUUUGCACAAAAAGCAUAUGCAGAAAUUAAUGAUGCAAAUUCAUACCUGAGUACAGGUACAAAUCAAAGUGCUUUAGCAGGACGUAUUGCUUAUUGGUUUAAUUUAAAUGGACCAACAAUGGUAAUUGAUACAGCAUGUUCAUCAUUUACUUCUGCACUUAUUGUUGCAUGUGAUAAUAUUAAACAGGGUAAUUGUCGUAUGGCACUUGUUGGUGCUAUUAAUAUAAUUUUAAAUUUAAAAUCAACAACUGUCUUACAGAAUGCUCAAAUGCUUAGUGAAACAAAUUUUUGUAAAGUAUUUGAUAUGGAUGCAAAUGGAUAUGUUCGAUCAGAUGGUGCUGCUAUGAUAUUAAUUCAUGGAAUAAGUGAAAAAAAUUUGAAUUUAAAAAGUGAAACAUUUGCCACUCAUCAAAAUGAUUUUAAAUUUACAAUUGAAGCAUAUGGUAUGCGACAUAAUGGACGAUCAAAUGCGCUUACAGUACCAAAUGGAAUAAUUGAAUAUGAAUUAAUGAGUAAAGUUUGUAAGAAACGAGUAAAUAAGUCAGUGAUAAAUUGGGUGGAAGCACAUGCAACUGGUACCUCAUUAGGUGAUCCAAUUGAAGCAAAAGCUAUUUUAAAUGCUUUAACUGAUAACGAUGAUAAUAAUAAUGAUAAUGAUAAUGAUGCUCAAUCGAUUCAUAUUACAUCGGUCAAAAGUUCAAUAGGUCAUUGUGAAGCUGUAGCCGGUGCUGCAUCAUUAAUUAUGGUGCUUGAAGCAUGCAAUCAUAGCUAUCUACCAUCAAUGCAACAUUUCAAAUUGUUAAAUCGAAAUAUCACAAAUGAUUGUGGUUCAUUAAUUGUACCGGUAAUUGGUGAAGAAUUACCAAAUGGUACCAUUGAUAUACUCAUAAAUAGUUUUGGUUUCAGUGGUACCAAUACAUCAAUUGUUCUCAGAAGAUCAAAUCGAGAACAAUUGCAAAAUGAUGUAAAAAGAUCAAAACAAUCAAUGAUAAAGCAAAUGUUAUCAACCAGUCAUUCUCCAUCUAUCAUUUUAUAUUCAGGUGAUAAUUUAGAAGUACUUAAAUUAAUUUCCGGAAAAUUAAAAAUGUAUGUAGAAAAUGCAUGCUACAAUCUUACAACAAUCUGUGCAAUGUUGCAAAAUUCACCGGAUUAUUCUACCGGAAAAUAUCGAAUAGCAAUGCCAAUUAAACAGCAUACACAAAAAUGGAUGUCUUUUGUGGAAAUGUUUAAAAAAUCAACAAAAUGGACUAAAAUUAUUUUUAAAAUGGAAGGAAAACCGGAACCAGCUAUGAUUGCUGAAUUAUACAUAUCAUAUCGUUCAUUUCGAAAAAUUUUCCUCAAAUAUCUCAAAAUUUAUAAAUGCACAAAUAAUUUUACAACAACAAAAUUAGAUAAACAAAAUGCAUUUGAAUAUAUUUCAAAAAUUUCAUUGCUUAAAUUUCUAUUUGUAAUUGGUAUAAAACCAUUAAUAAUUAUUGCAACGAAUAGAAUUGAUCAAAUUAUUGCUAAAGUGAUAAGAAGAAAUUAUCAAAACGGAAUGUCAUAUGAAUGUUGUAAUUUUGAAAUACAGGAAGAAAUAAUUUCUGAUAAUUUCGAUUGUAUUUUAAGCAUAUCAACUUUACAAAUUGAAAAACCUAAAAUGAAAUUUGGCAGUAAUUUGAAAAAAACAUUUAGCAAUCAAUUUGUGGAAAUAAUUUGUCAACUAUAUGUGCAUUUUAUUGAUAUCAAUUGGAAAAUGCUUAAUGAUCAGACAGUUAAAACAUGUCUCAUACCGGAUGCCGAAUAUUCCAAGAAAAAAUAUUGGCCAUUUACUGAUUGUAAUAUGCAAAUUAAUGAUUGUAAUUCAUUGCAUACUGAAAUUCACUUUUCAAAUUUGCAAUUGGAAAUGCCUGAGCAGACGAAAAAUCUCGAAAGUGUAAAUCCUAUAAUUGAUCAAUUUAAUAGUAAUAAUUUUGAUAAUACUAAAACAGAUUUGAUCAAUUCUCACUAUCUGUAUAAGUUAGUUCAAAAGAAAUGUUUACUACCGGAUCCGGAACAAACUAUGCCAUUUAUUGCUAUUAAUCUAACCGAUACAACAACAAUUCUAGGACAACAAGCUAUAUUUGUCACCAAGAUAAAUGAUAAUGAUGAUAUUGUUAGGAUUAAAAAACAAUUUCAUUUGCAUCAAUGUACAAAAUUGAUAUUUGAAUGGAUAAUUGAUGAGGAAAAUUUAUUGGAAAAUACUAUAAAACAAACUUUACUAAAAACAUUAGCAAUGGAAGAGAUAAGUGUAAAUUUUAAAGCUAUUCAUACUGAUAUUAUUGAUAAGCAAAUUUUGUAUGAAAUUUGGGAUGAAAAUUUUAUCAAUGAAAUAAUUUGUUACAAUGGUGGUAAUCGAUUUGUUGAAAGAAUGCAAGAAAUGAAUGAUAAAGAAUUAAUUGUGGAACAGAUAAGAAAUAUUGAUCGAAUACUGAUAACAGGAAAUAUUCGAGGAAUAGCUGGAAAAUUAAUUGAAAUUUUAAAACCACGUUUAGCAAUUGCUAUAUCAAGAACAAUGCUUAAUACAUGUAGCAGUGAUAAGAAUGGCUCAAUAAUUAGAACAAUACAGGCAGAUUGCACUGAUUUUAUGCAAAUGGAAAAAAUUUUUGCGACAUUUGCGCCAUUUGAUAUAAUCUUUCAUUGUGCAGCAACAGUAAGUAAUUGUUUAAUGGAAAAUAUGAAUGUGAAAUUAUUUGAAAUGGUUUGUCAACCAAAAAUUUUAGGUUUACAAAAUAUUAUCAAACUUUCAAAAUUGUAUUCAAUUCAAAAAAUUGUUGCAUUCUCAUCAGCUGCAACAAUUCUUGGCUCUGCUGGACAAGCUAAUUAUGUUGUUGCUAAUGAACUUAUGGAAUAUUUGAUGCGAAAAAAUGUACCAAAUGGAUUGGUCAUUAGUUGGGGACCAUGGGAUGGUCAAGGAUUUUUAGCCGGUGAACAUAUGGCUAAAAUUCGACGACAAAUUCAGACUAGUGGUUGGAAAUUAUUACAGGUAGAACAGGUAACACAACUAUGCUACAAAUUACUUUCCAGUAAAGGUCAUCAUAUAGCAAUGAGUGUUAAUUUUGAUAUACUUCAAAAAAAACGUCCAUAUUUGAGAAAAUUUUUGGAAAAUAUUUCCAUUAAUAAUGACAAUAACAACAACAGUAACAACAAUAACAAUAAUAGCGACAACAAUAACGACAAUAGCGACAACAAUAACGACAACAAGAGAGAUGAAUUUAUUUUACAAAAUAAUUUGCAUUCAAUUUCUGAAUGCGAAAAAAAUUUCACUGAAAUAAUCAAAAAUUGUAUUAUGGAAGUAAGUGGUAUUACAGAUGUUAAAUUUGAUAUUGGUUUUAUGUCAAUGGGAAUUGAUUCAUUAAUGAUUACUGAAAUACAAAAAUUACUUAAUGAACGAUUAAAUUUAAAUAUUCCAAUUGCUAAUUUCUAUGAAUAUUCAACUGUUCAAACAUUAUCACAAUAUUUAGCACAAAAAAUGCUAAUAAAUGAUAAUAAAUUACAAAAUGAUAAGCGUAUGAAAAAUGAUAAAAAUGAUAAGAUAGCAAUUAUUGGUUAUUCAGGUGCAUUUUCUGGCGCAUCUAAUGAUGAGAUAUUUUGGCGCUCUUUGCUUGAUGGUCAAGAAUUAAUUGAGCAACAAAAACGAACAAAAAUAAAUGAUCAUGAAGAAAUGAUAGAAGGAAUUGGUAUAAUGCCUGAUUUAGAUAAAUUUGAUUAUCAAUUCUGGAAUUUAACAUUUAGUGAUGCAAAUUAUAUUGAUCCACAAAUUCGUAAAUUUGUUGAACAUUCAUAUAUUGCUCUAGAACGUUCUGGUCUUAUACGUAUUCGUGAUAAAUUACGAAUUGGUGUUAUUGUUGGUGCUGAACCAUCAGAGUAUCACGUAAAAUCACGUUGCAUUGGUGGUAUUGAAAAUUUAUACGAGAUUAAUCAAAAAGAUUUUAUUGCUACAUGGACCAGUCAUUUGCUCAAUCUAAAUGGUCCAUCAUUUGCUGUUUAUUCAGCAUGCUCCACUGCACUUAUUGCUAUUGUACAAGCAAUUAAUUUACUAAAACAAAAUCAAUGUGAUAUUGUACUUGCUGGUGCUGUAUCAUUAGCAUUACCUUAUACAGGUAAUAAUAAUAAUAGCUUAAAACAUGGAAUGAUACUAUCAACUGAUGGUCACUGUCGUCCAUUUGAUCAACAAUCCAGUGGAACAGUUCGAGGUUCAGCAGUUGGUGUUAUUGUACUACAACGAUUAAAUGAUGCUCAAAAAAUGAACAUACCUGUUAUUGGUAAUAUAAUUGGCUAUGCAAUUACAAAUGAUGGCUUAUUAAAGUCAAGCUUUAUGGCACCAAAUAUUACUGGUCAACAAAGUUGUAUCAAAAAAGCAAUUGAAAUGUGUGAUACAAAUGAAAUUGAUUAUAUUGAAUGUCACGGUACUGGUACAAUAACAGGUGAUCUUAUUGAACUUACAGCAAUGUCACAAUGUUAUCAACGUGACACAUUAAUUGGUUCUGUUAAAGCAAAUAUUGGACAUGCAUUAGCUGGUGCUGGUAUUGCUGCAAUUAUAAAAUUAUGCAAAAUUGCUGAAAUGAGAAUUAUUCCAAAACAAAUUAAUUUUGAACAAUUUAAUAAGCAUUUAAUUAAUGUUAGCUUUCAAAUUACCAAAUGUAAUAUUAAAAUUGAAAAGAAAAUUUUACGUUUAGCUGUAAAUGCAUCUGGUAUUGGUGGUACAAAUGCGCAUCUAAUCAUUGAAAAUGAUAAUAAUCAUUUCUUAUCAACAUAUCAAUCAAAUAAUAAUCAUUAUUUUUAUGCAUUAAUCAUAACUGGUAAAAGUAAAAAUGCAUGCAUGCAACUUUGUAAUUGCAUUAGUAAUUAUUUGCAAAUGAAAAUGAAUUUAAAUCAAAUUGCAAGUACAUUGCAAAAUUAUCGUGAACAUUUUCAAUAUCGAUUUGGUAUUACUGUACAAACAAUUAGCGAUGCUAAAAAUGAAUUAAAAAAUGCUGUUAAAAUUGAAAAAAUAAUUAAUUUAAAAUGUGAAAAUAUUGCAUUUUAUAUUGCACCACAAGGAUUGGAAUAUUUAAAUAUAGGUUUUGAAGCAAUGAAAUAUAAUCAAACAUUUUGUAAUGUAAUGAAAAAAUGUUUUCAUAUUGCUAGUAAAUUAAUUGGUGUAAAUUUUGAAAAUAUAAUUCAUCAACAACAACGCCAACAACAACAACAACGCCAACAACAAACAAUAACAAUGGAAAAUAUACUUUUAAAGCAACCAUAUUCACAAUUAGCUACAUUUAUUAUUUGCUAUGCUUUAAUGGAACAAUUAAAAGAAUGGAAAAUUGAUGGUUGUAUUAUGAUUGGACAUAGUUUAGGUGAAUAUGUUGCUGCUGUACAAGCUAAUGUUUUUGAUAUUGAAACAGCAUUAAUGAUUAUUUUCAAACGUGGUUGUUUGAUUGCAAAAACAGAAAAUGCUAAAAUGUUAGCUGUAAAUUGUGCAAAUUAUAACAAACAUUUGAAUUGCAUUGAAUUAGCAAUGAAAAAUAGCACUAAAAAAUGCUUACAAAUUCCUGAAACAAUUGAAAUUUCAGCUUAUUUACAUUCAAAUUUGAAAUGUUUUGUUGGUAAACCUAAAAUAAUUGAUGCAUUUAAGCAUUUAUUGGAAAUUAAUGAAAUACAUUGUCGAGAGCUAACAACAAAUUAUGGUUUUCAUAGUUCAUUUAUGAAUUCAAUACUUGAUGAAUUUGAGGAAUUUUUAGCAAAAUUCACUUUUCAAAAGCCAACAAAACAAAUUUUAUCAAAUAUUAAUGGUGAAUUAAUUAAGCAUUUCGAUGCUAAAUAUAUGAUUAAACAUAUGCGAUGUGCUGUUCGACUUGAUAAAUGUAUUGCAAAUUUAAGCGAUCAAAUUAAAGUAAUAAUUGAAAUUGGUCCAAAAGGUAUUUUGGAAAGUUUAUUAAAUGCUAAUAAACAAUGCAAAAUUGAUAUUAUUUCAACAAUACCAUCAAAGAAACAAUAUGAAAAAGGUUAUGAUACAGGUAAUUUACUUCAUAUUGCAACAAAAUUAUGGAUGAAAGGUUAUCAAUUAAAUUGGGAAAAAAUUUGUGGCAAUUAUAGCUUUGAUAAAUUUCUUCCAAAUUAUCAAUUUGAAAAAAAUAUUUGCUGGGAGAAACAAACAGAGAAAUGGACGAAUGAAAAUAUUGAUGUAAAUUUGUAUGAAUUAUGUUGGUUAUCAUGUAAAUAUACAACAAAACAACAACAACAACAACAAUUACCAAAAGGUGUUUUAUUAUUUGUAUCACAAAGAAGGACAAAUUCAAUUGAUAAAUUUCUUUCAAUGCUACAUAAUUUAUUUGUACCGGUUCAGUGUAUUUUUAAUGAUACAAAAUCAUUAACCGGAAAUAUUAAUGUAAUUGAUGGUAAUAUUUAUAUUAAUUCAAAUAAUCAACAAUCGUACUAUGAAUUAGCUAAUUUUCUUCGCAGUAAUAAUUUUUAUUUUGAUACUAUAAUUCAUGCAUGGAAUUUUCCGGUAAAUUUAGAAACUGAUGAAAGCAGUGAAUCAUAUUUAUUAACAAGUUUUUAUUCUGUCUAUUGGAUUUUAACAAUUAUUACACAAAAUAUGAUUGAUUUAAAAUUUCUGACAUGUAUUGAUUGGAAUGCAAAACCGGAAAUAUUUACUGUUCUUGGACCAAUACGAGAAUUUGUAAUGACAAAACGAUCAAUGAAAGCUGCAUGUAUUCUUUGCACAUCGGAAAUUAAUUUAUUUGAUGCAUUACAAUUACUUCAAUUGCAUCAUGCUAAUUUUGCAUUAAUUCGAAAUUUUAUAAAUGGAAAAUUUGAAUAUUUUUCUUAUCAAUUAAAAUUAACUGAAUGUGAUAAUUAUUUGAUUGAAAAUGAGAAACAAUCAAUAAUUGAUAAGAAUGAUUGUUGUCUAAUUCAAAAUGCUGAUAUUAUUGUAAUUUUUGGUUUUGGUAGUAUUGGACAAUCAUUUGUAAAUGUUCUUUGUCAAAAUUUUAAUAAUUUAACAAUUUGUAUUGCUAGUCCAAAUGCUACAAAACACUUUCAACAACUCCAAAAUAAAAUUAAUCAAUGGAAAAUUUCACGAAAUUCUAAAAAAAUUAAUCAGACAAAUGUAGCAGCAAUUGUUGAUGUCAACAAUGAUGAACAUAAAUUCUUUGCAUAUGAUAUUGAUGUGACAAACAACGAUGAUGUACGAUAUUUAUUGACACAAAUAAUGUCACAACAUAAACAAAUCAAUGUUAUCAUACAUGCAGCAGCUGGAAAAAUUGAUCGUAUUAAAUUUGACAAAAAUUUCAAUGAAUUACAAACUGUUUUACAACCAAAAAUUUGUGGUACUCGUAAUGUAAUCAAUAUUUUAGAUGAAAAUAAUAUCAAUAUUCGAAGUUUAAUUCUUAAUUCCAGUAUGAAUGCAUUAUUUGGCAUACCUGGUAAUAGUGAUUAUGCAGCAUCAAAUAUUUUUCUUGAUAUAUGCAGUGAGCAAAAUUUCCGGAAUAUUCAAAAAAUUACAACCAUACAAUGGACCGGUUGGAAAGAUAGCACUAUGCUUAGCAAUUAUAACAGCGGCAAAAAUAAAAGUCAAAAUCCUGUAGCAAACCUGAUCAUGAAAUAUUCAUUAUCAGUAAAUGAAGCUGAACAAAUGAUACAAAAAUGUUUGUAUCAACAAGGAUUAAUUGCUGUUUCAUUUAUUAAUCCAAAUGAAAUAAUUCAGGAAAUUCGUAAAUUAAAUUUUACAUUAAAUGAUAAAUUUGCAACUGAAUUAAUGGAGGAAAAAAAUAUAAAAAUGAAUUGUAAUGAAUUUAAAAAUAUUCUUGCAAAAAUUUGGAUGAAUUAUUUAAAUGUUGAACAGAUCACUGAUCAUGAUGAUUUCUUUCAAUUAGGUGGACAUUCAUUAAAUGGUAUGCAAAUUAUUUGGGAAAUUAAUUGUUUGUUGCAAAUUGAUUGCAAAUUGGAUGAUUUAUUUCAACAUUCACAAUUUCAACAAUUUUUGCAUUUUUUACAAAAUGCAAAAUUGAAAAAAAAUGAGCAAAAAAUUUCAUUUAAAUUAAAAGAUUAUAAAAUGUUUGAUUGUAUUGAAAAGUUAAAAAUGAUUCGAUUAAGUUAUCCACAAGAAAAUAUGUUUAUUUUACGAGAAUUAUACCAUCCAACACUCUAUAAUAUUUGCUUUUUGCUAACAUUUCAAGGAUUAAUUUGCAUUAAAAGUUUGCAUAAAGCAUUUCUAUUUCUAAUUGCACGACAAACAUCACUACGAACAAUAUUUCUGAUAAGAAAUGAUAUAUGUUAUCAGGAAAUUCAAUCACUUACUGAAUCCUAUUAUCAUAUGUUAUGGCCAAUGUUAGAUGAAUAUGAACGUUAUCAAUUGAUAAAUGAUGAAAAAAAUCAUAUCAUGGAUUUAAGACAAAUUCCAUUUCGAUUAUUAUCAAUGUGUAGUAGUGAGAGCAGUGAUAAGAUGAAAAAUGAAUAUAUGAUAGUGAUAAGUCAACAUCAUAUUAUCACUGAUGGUUGGUCGAUGACUAUUUUUGCUAAUGAAUUAAGCAAAUUUUAUCACUAUUGUCUAACAAAUGAGCAUAUUCCGGUAACAUUUAAACGUUUAUCAUAUCAUGUAGCACAUUUUGCUACAUGGCAACGUAGUGAUAAUUUUACACAAAUGAUAAAUGAUGAUUUAAAACGAUUAUGUGCAAAAUUUCAACAACAACAACAACAACAACAACAAGGAACACAAAUUAUCACACAUAAAACAGCAAUUCUGAUAACAAAAUUAAUUCGUCAAAAAAUUUUCAAUGUUUCAUUAUCACUUUGGAUGCAAAUAAAUGAAACAGCUAAACGUUAUCAACAAACUAUUUAUACAGUAAUGCUUACUGCAUUUGUAUGUCUCAUUCGUAAAUUCUCGAAUGAUUAUGAUAAUAAUACAAUAAUAAUUGGUUGUCCAAUAUCUGGUCGAAUGAAUGUUGAUGAAAUGAAAUUAGUUAUGGGUUAUUUUUUAAAUAAUAUAAUUUUAAUUGUUGAAAAUUUUCAAAUGAAUGUAACAAAUGAAAUACUUUUUGAGCAAAUUAAAGUAGCAAUACAGGAUGCUCGUUCAUUUGAACAUUUACCAUUUCAUUUAUUGGUUGCUAAUUUAUCUGAGCAACGACAAUUUACAACAAAUCAACAUCCUAUUUUUAAUAUAUUUUUUAAUUAUCGUCAUAAUCUUGAUUUUCCAAAAAUUGAAAUUUCAAAUGUGAAUUGUUCAAUAAAACAACUUACCACAAAUGAUGCAUUUGAUUUUGCAUUUACAAUUGAUGAAAUAAAUGAUAAUGAUAAUGGACCAUUAAUUACUAUUAAUUAUAAUGCAAAUCAAUAUUCCAAUCAACUUAUCGAUCAAAUGAUUGCUGUUUAUUUGAAAUUACUUAAAUCAAUUUGUAGCAAAAAUGAUUGUCUUCAAAAUGAAAUGUAUAAUUUCAAAUGUAAAAUGCAUCAUUGUGAUGUAUUAUCUACAGGUAGUGCUAUUGAUAUUAUCAAACAACAAGCAAUACAUACUGAUAAGCUUAUUGCUUUUUGUAAUUCUUAUCAAACAACAAUUACUUAUCAACAACUGUACGAAAUGAUUGAUGUAUUUUCUAAGCAAAUAACACAAUUUUAUUUGCAAAACAGUUGUGAAAAUAUUCGUGCUGAUACAAUAAUACCAAUAUGUGCUGAUUCAAAUGCAAUAAUAGCACCGUUAUUAGCAGUGCAAUUAACUGGUGCUGCAUAUGCGCCUAUUGAUCCAGCAAAUUCUAGCACAAUGAUUGCACAAUUAGUGCAUGAUAUUGGUGCAACAAUUAUUAUUGUUCAAGAAACAAAUUUAAAUUUAAAUAUUCCAAUGCUAAACAUGGAACAAUUUGUAGCAUUUACUAAUCAACAACAACAACAACAACAACAACAACAACAAACUGAUACGAAAAAUUGGAAAUUAAAUUAUUGCAAUAAAAAUUUAGCAAAUGAUUGGAUGAAAAAAUAUUCACAAUGUAUUGAUUUAUCAUAUGUAAUAUUUACCAGUGGUACAACCGGAAAACCGAAAGCAGUUUGUGUUACAAAUCAAAAUUUGCUUAAUUUUAUUGUUGCAUCAACACAACAAACAACAUUUCAUCCUAAAUAUCGCAUUUAUCAUUCGGUAAAUACAAUUUUUGAUGUAAGUUGUAUGAAUAUUUUUACAACAUUUUCAAAUGGUUGUUGUUUAAUUAGCGCAGCAAAUAUUCUUAAUGCAACAAAUGAAAUUAUUGAAAUGAAUGUACAAUUUGCAUUCUUAUCAGCAGCGCUAUUUAAUAUGUUUGAUAAUGAGGAAAUUAAUCAGUUGCAACAGCUCGAAAAAUUAUUUGUUGGUGGUGAAACAAUAAACAAUCAACAAAUAAAUCGUUGUUUACAAUUGGGAAUUUGUUUAUGUCAAAUUUAUGGACCAACUGAAACAACAAUUUGGUCAUUAACAAAUAAUUGUAGCAUUUUUGAAAACGAAUGUGGUCGUAUAAUUGGAACAGUAAUUAAUAAUGAAUUUGCAUAUGUAUUAGAUUCAGAAAAUAAUCUAACAUGUAAUGGUGCUAAAGGUGAAUUAGUAAUUUGUGGUAAUGGUAUAACACGUGGUUAUUUAAAUUUAAAUAAUUCAAAUGUUUUUAAAUAUAAUAAAUUUCAUACUAAAGAAGAUGAAAUUUUAAAACGUAAUUUAAUUGCUUAUUACACUGGUGAUUUUGUAAUAAAAUUUGGUGAAAAAUAUCAUUUUUUUGGACGUAAAGAUAAACAAUUGAAAAUACAUGGCUAUCGUCUUGAACCAACUGAAAUUGAAAUUGUAGUACGAAAAUGGGAUUUAACAAUUGGAAAUGUUAUUGUUUUAAAAAAUAAACAAUUAGAUAGUUUGGUAUUAUUUAUUGAAAAAGAAACUGAUAAUAAAUAUUACUGUGAUUUAUUACGACAAUAUUUAAAUGAAAAUUUACUUCAUUUUAUGAUACCAAAAAAAAUUAUUUUGCUACAACGAAUGCCAUUAAAUCGAAAUGGAAAAAUUGAUGUGAAUAAAUUAAAUGAAAUGAUAAGAGAUGAUUAUUAUUAUCAUUCCACUGAUAAUGAUAAUGAAAUUAUUGCAUCAAUACAAACUAAUAAUGUAUUACAACAAGAGGUGCAAAAAAUUUGGUGUCAAUUAAUUGGCUUAUCACAAAUUAAUCUCACUGAUAAUUUUUUUACAAUUGGUGGACAUUCUCUUCUACUAAUACUUCUACGACAAAAACUUCGUGAUAAAUUUAAUUUCACUUUAAAUUUUCAACAAUUCUAUCGUCAACCAACAUUAGCAGCACUUAUUGCUAGCAUACAAACAGAACUGAAUAAUUGCUAUAAUGAAAAAACAAAUGAUUACACUUAUCAAAAUUAUCAUUUACCUGUACCUUUGCAAGAUUUUAAUUUGAUAAAAUUUAUCAAUCUUCGAGAAACUAUCACAUCAAUUGGUAAUGUUUAUAUGAUACAUGCAAUUGCUGGUACAAUUUAUUCAUAUUUUGGAUUAGUAUCAACUAUACCACAAUGUUUUAAUAUUUAUGCUAUCGAAUAUGAAUUGUAUUAUCCAUCGGAUAGUUUAAUUGAACUUGCAACAUUUUACUCGAAACAGAUUGUUAAACAUAGUCAAAUGAAUGCGAUAUAUUUAAUGGGACAUUCAUUAGGUGGUAUUUUGGCACGUGAAAUUGCAGAAUUGCUUAAUAAUAAUCGAGAUAAUAAUAAAAAAGAAUUAUUUGUUAUAAUGCUUGAUUCAUGGUGUAUUGGUAUUGAAAAUUUGCAUAUGAAUACUGUCAUAUGCUACCUUCAGGAAAAAUUAAAAGGAUUGCCAGAUAAAGAGGAAUAUAUUAAGAAAUCGAUGAAAUUAACUAAAUUGCUACAAAAUCAUCAAUUUACAAUUAAUUCAAUCAAAAUUUAUCUUUUAAAAGCAAAAGAUCAUGGAAAUUCUCCUCUUCGAACACAUCUAAGAGAAUUAAAUUCCAAACAACAAACACAAUCGUUGAUUUCAAAUGGAUGGCAUAAAAUUUCAACGAAAAAAGUGGAUAUAUUUCUGGUUGAUGGUGAUCAUGAUUCAAUGUUACACCAACAUAAUAUGACCUUAUUGACCCGUAUUUUUGCUUACAUUUAUGCUAUGAAUGGAAUAAUAGUUGAACAGUCUUAA